GGGGGCCGCCAUGGCGGAGGCGGCGCGGCCGCGGGCGCUGUUCCUGGCCGGGCUGGCCGCCGUCUAUGUGGCCGCUUUCGGCUCCCUCUACGUGCAGAUCCCCGGGCUGUACGGCAGGGAGGGGAUCCUGCCGGCCCGCAGGGUGCUGCGGCUCAGCGGGAAGGGGCUGUGGGAGCAGCUCCGGGACUCCCCCACCCUGCUGUGGCUCAGCCCGCGCCUGGGGCUGGACACGGAGCAGGGCAUGGAGCUGCUGUGCCUGGUGGGCAUCCUGGCGUCCCUCGGAGCCCUGCUGUGCGAGUCCAUGCGGGAUUGCCUGGUCUUCGCCCUGCUCCGGGUGCUCUACCUGUCCCUCUACCAGGUGGGACAGGUCUUCCUGUACUUCCAGUGGGACAGCCUGCUGCUGGAGACGGGGUUCCUGGCCGUGCUCGUGGCCCCCCUGCGCCUGCUGAGGGGGGGGUCCCCCUCCUGGAGACCCCACGACCCCGUCACCUUCUGGGGGGUGCGGUGGCUCCUCUUCCGCCUCAUGUUCGCCUCGGGGGUCGUGAAGCUGAGCAGCCGCUGCCCCACCUGGUGGGGGCUCACAGCGCUGACGUACCACUACGAGACGCAGUGCAUCCCCACGCCGGGGGCCUGGCUCGCCCACCAGCUGCCCGUGUGGUUCCAGAAGCUCAGCGUGGUGGCCACCUACGUCAUCGAGGUGGCCGUGCCCGUGCUCUUCUUCACGCCCCUGCGCCGCCUGCGCCUCUUCGCCUUCUACUGCCAGGUCCUGCUGCAGGUGCUCAUCAUCCUCACGGGUAACUACAACUUCUUCAACGCGCUCACCAUCGUCCUGGCCUUCUCCCUGCUGGACGAGGAGCACGUGGGGCGCUGGCUGGGGCGCCCCAAGAAGCGGCAGGGCAGCGCCUGGCCCCCCAGCCUGGGCUCUGUGCUGGCCACGCUGCUGGAGCUCAACACCUACGGGCUCCUGCUCUACUGGACCGUGCAGUACUUCGGCCUGGAGAUCAACUGGGACAAGAAGCUGCUGGACUCCAAAGUGGCCUUCACCUACCACGAGUUCACGACGUGGCUGCGGACGGUGACGCUGCCGCUGGUGGGGGUGGCCUUCCUGUCCCUGUCCUGGGAGAUCCUGCUGGCCAUGUACCGCUGUGCCUGUGUCCGUGGAUGCUUCUGGAAGCUCUGGGCCACCCUCCAGUGGGCCAUCAUGGCCACGGCCACCGUCAGCUUGUUCGCCGUCAGCCUGGUGCCCUUCACCUACAUCGAGCACGAGUCCAACGGGAAGCUGUGGCCCGGCGUCCACCGGCUGUUCGGGGCGGUGGAGCGGUUCCAGGUGGUGAAUUCCUACGGGCUGUUCCGCAGGAUGACGGGCGUCGGGGGGCGGCCCGAGGUGGUGCUGGAGGGCAGCUACGACGGGCACAGCUGGACGGAGAUCGAGUUCAUGUACAAGCCCGGGAACGUGAGCGCGGCGCCGGCCGUGGUGGCCCCGCACCAGCCCCGCCUGGACUGGCAGCUCUGGUUCGCUGCCCUGGGGCACCACCACGGCAGCCCCUGGUUCAGCGCCCUGGUGCUGCGGCUGCUGCAGGGCCAGCGUGAUGUGAUCCGGCUGGUGCAGGUGGACGAGUCCCGGUACCCGUUCAGCGCCCGCCCGCCCACCUUCCUGCGGGCCCAGCUCUACAAGUACUGGUUCACGGGCCCCUCGGAGGGCAGCCCGGGCCCGGCGCCGUGGUGGCGGCGGCAGCACGUCCAGGAGUUCUUCCCCACCGUGUCCCUGGGAGACCCCACGCUGGAGAGCCUGCUCAGCCAGCACGGCCUCAAGGACAAGCCCCCCGUGCGGCGCCGGUCGGAGGCGGCCCUGCCGCGGCUCCUGGGCUGGGUCCGGGGCCUGGCCCGGCCCUUCUCGGGCCCCGCCCUGCUCUGGACCCUCUACCUGGUGGCCGCCACCGUGGGGGUGCUGCGGGCCCUGGGCCCCCGGGCACGGGGGGGGCCGCCCCCCGCCCGCCACAAGGCCCGGGGGGAGCGGGGGGAGCGCAACGGGGUGCGGGGAGAGGGGCGGGGCCGGGCGGGGGGCGAGGGCCACGGGGAGGGGCGGCCCGGCCCCAAGAAGAAGAAGUAGCACCCGCAGCCCCCCGCCCGUGUGCCAGCCCCGGGGGGGCCCUGGGUGGGGGGUGUCAGCUGAGCCCCGCCCCGGGGGGCUCCCGCUGUUCUCCCCCCAGUGCCUUCAGCACGGUGUGGCCAUGCGGGGGGACCCUCCCCACUGCCUUGGGGACCCCUCCCUGCGGCCCGGGGACAGCUGGGGACCCCUCCCCACUGCCCAGGGACCCCUUGGGGACCCCUCCCUGCGGCCCGGGGACUGCUGGGGACCCCUCCCUGCAGCCUGGGGACCCCUCCCUGCGGCCCGGGGACCACUGGGGACCCCUCCCCAGUGCCCAGGGACCCCUUGGGGACCCCUCCCUGCAGCUGGGGACCACUGGGGACCCCUCCCCACUGCCCAGGGAUCUCUUGGAGACCCCUCCCCACUGCUUGGGGAGCACUCCCUGCAGCCCAGGGACUGCCGGGGACCCCUCCCCGCUACCCAGGAAGCCCUUGGGGACCCCUCCCCACAGCCUGGGGACCGCUGGGGACCCCUCCCCACUGCCCGGGGACCCCUCCGGGCCCCGCAAGGACAGGGGGGUUCGAUGUGGCUGGGGGUGCUCAGCACAGAUGGGGGGCUCCUUGCCAGCAGGAUAGAGCAGUUUGGGCAGUGCCAACCCUCCUCCUUACCCUGCCCAGCCCCUCAGGUGCCCCCCGGGCAGUUUGGGGUGGCUCCCCCCCGUGUCCCCCACCCCGAUGGGCUCUGCCCAUCCCGCGCUUCCCCCCCCGGCUCAGCCCCAAGCUCAGAGGUCCAGAGGUUUCCUAUAAUUUUCUAAAUAAAGCCUUUGACAUUCCA